AACCUUGAUCUUUCAAAACCAGCAUACUAGUUUUUCACAGAACAUCAGUUUAUCACAAUGCAGGCCACUCUACAGCUCUCACCACCAUCACUUGUCUCCCUUCUAACACCGACCACCACCAAGUCUUUGGUCUUGCCGUUUAGGUCCACCAUUCCCAGGGCACAACGAUGCCUUCAGCUCAAGGCAACCAAUGUGACCUCUGAUCCUUCAACAGUUGAUUACAGCUCCAGCGCAACUUCGGUGUUUCCAGCUGAGGCUUGCGAGACGAUCGGAGGAGAAGCUUGUGAUGUUGAAAUGUAUCCUGAAGUGAAGCUUGAACCACAAGGGAAGAGCGCGGAAGCCACGCCUGGUAAAGAGCUGGAGGAUAGAGAUUAUCUAGAAUAUGACGGUCCCAAGACGGUCUUCCCUGCAGAGGCUUGUGAUGAUCUAGGAGGAGAGUUUUGCGAGCCGGACUAUCAGAAAGGAGUAUACUAGAUAGAUGUCUAGAAGGAUCAUGAUCCUCUGCUCUUAUCUUCUCACUUUCAUUGCUGACUUCUGUAAUUUUGUGCAUAUAAUUACUAGUUGGAACUUGUGAAGUGCACCUGACAACUUUCCUAAAUAAUAAGGUGCCUGAACUUGUAAUAGCCUACUUGGGAAGAUUCAGUAGUUACUAAUUCUUAUAUCA